CUACUUUUUAACAUUUCAAACCCAAUUACUGCAUCCACUCUAACCACCUUCUCUCAGUGCCAAAUCCAACCUUUUCUCUCUUUCAUUGAUCACUUUGUUCUCUCCUUAUGAAAGCAAUCUUCAUUUGCUGACCUGUACACACUCCAAUUCCAAUUGGUCAUAAAUUCAAAGGGGAACAUCAAACUCCAAAGCCCACUAUAAUUCUUGGACCUAGCAAAAACCAUUCCAGAAAUGGAUGAAGAACCCUCCACAAAAAUGGAGCCAUUGGCCAUUAUUGGUUUAUCGUUCAAGUUUCCUCAAGGAAUGGAAACUGCCGACUCUCUCUGGAAGGGACUAGCUACCAGUCAAUCAGCCUGGUCGUCAUUUCCAGAGACUCGGUUAAACUUCGACGGGGUGUAUGAUCCAGAUACAGGAAGAUUGAACAGCGUAAGGAAGCUCUUACUUUGUAAAAGAAAUAAUUACUGAGACGUGCAGUUUCCUUUGAAAGGUGCCCAUUUUGUGAAUGGGGAUAUAAGCGCAUUUGAUGCUCCAUUCUUCACAAUCGGGCCAAGCGAAGCAGCGGAGAUAGAUCCACAGUCACGUAUAUUGCUCGAGGUAACAUAUCGAGCGCUGGAGAAUGGUAUGUUAUGUUCAAUGUCAACUAUGAGACCAAGAUUGACCAUGAUUUAGCUGGAAUAUCGAUGGAGACAGUCGCCAAUACAAACACAUCGGUAUACACAGGGAGCUUUGGAGAUGACUACAAAUCAUUCUCUACCAAAGAUCCUCAAUUUGGUGGCCAAUAUUCGGCAAGUUCUGUGUCAGCUAAUAUGCUAGCUAAUCGUAUCAGCUGGUACUUUAAUUUGCGUGGUGAAUCCAUCAAUAUGGAUACAGCUUGUUCAAGUACCCUUGUUGCAUUCCACACAGCAUGCGAGAGGCUACGUAGCAAAGAAUCUAACAUGGUAUGCCGGAAUUUAGCCGCAGAAAUGAAUAAUAGUCUAAUUGUGGUGAUAGGCAAUUGUGGCUGGUUCAAACCUGUUCUUAAGUCCAGAUAUGGCCAUGUCAUUAAACAACCAAAAUUUCCUGUCGCCAGAUGGAAGAUGCUGGAGCUUUGAUGAAAAGGCGAACGGCUAUGGCCGUGGUGAAGGAUUUGGGGUAUUAGUAGUGAAACGAUUAAGCGAUGCGCUUGAGAACAAUGAUGCCAUACGAGCUGUUAUUCUUGCUACGGGAACAAACCAAGAUGGACGAACACCAGGCAUUGUUCAACCUAGCAGGAGUGCUCAGGCUCAGCUCAUCAGAGGUGUUUAUCGCAAAGCUGGCUUAGAUAUGAGCCAGACGCGAUAUGUAGAGGCACAUGGAACGGGAACGGCCGUUGGAGGUGCGUAUGAAUAAGUCGUUGUGGGACGAGAAAUACUAAUGGAAACAAUAGAUCCGAUCGAAGCAGGAGCUAUUGCCGACGCGUUUAGCCACACCCUAUCUGCUGACUCCCCAUUGUUUAUAGGAAGUAUCAAGUCAAACAUAGGUCACCUGGAAGGUACUAGUGGCAUCGCUGGCCUCGUUAAAAGCGUCCUGAUGCUUGAACGUAGAAUGAUACCAGGAAUUGCAGGACUCGAACACGUCAAUCACUCUAUCGUGGCCGAGCACCCUCACUUAAAGGUACUUCCCUUCUUUGCGACAUUGGUGAUGCAAUACAGACUUACUCUAUGAUGUUUAGUUUCCAAAAGAUCUCACACCAUGGCCUUCAGACAGUUUAUGCCGUCUUUCUAUCAACUCAUUUGGCUUCGGAGGCACAAAUUCCCACGUGAUAAUGGAGGACGCAGCUGGUUAUCUUGACAGUGAAGAAAAAGACAGUAAUCACACACAAGUAAACGGAACAAAUCAUUCGAAUCACGAACAACGGUCCAUGACUAAUGGUUUCCAUCACGUGGAGACUCGAAGGAUGUUAGUGUUCUCUUCUCAAGACGAAAAUGGCAUCAAGCGACUCGAAUCAGUAUACAAUGAUCACUGGUCGCAAAUGAACAAGGAUGAUUUUAGUGAUUCAUACAUGAGUAGACUGAGCUACACCUUGAGUAAUCGACGAAGCGCUCUAUUAUGGAGAUCAUGUGCGACAGUUAGCUCCAAUAAUGAUUUGAUAACCAGGAUAAAGUUUUCACGUGCAGUACGUGCACUUCCUCGAGCUCGGCUUGCAUUCUGCUUUACAGGGCAAGGCGCUCAAUGGUAUGCCAUGGGUCGAGAUAUCCAGGCUCCUGUUUUUAAGCAAAGUCUUAGAGAAAUAUCUGAGCUUCUCACAGAUAUUGGAUGCUUGUGGUCACUUCAAGGUAUGUUUUCCGAGCAGAAAUCUUGUUUACACUAGCUCACCCCUAUCUUAGCCGAGCUUUGUCGGGACAAAGAAACUUCCAGAAUCAACAGACCAGAAUUCAGUCAGACAAUUUGUACUGCAAUACAGAUUGCUUUGAUUGAUCUCUUAGAGAGUCUCGAUAUUGAACCUUCCGUCGCAUUUGGACAUUCAUCCGGCGAGGUUGCGACUGCGUAAGUUAUUUCCCCUUCACGAGCAUCACCACAAGCUAACGAAAGCCUUAGAUAUUGUGUUGGCGCUCUAGAUAAGCGUUCAGCUAUGAGUAUUGCUUAUCACAGAGGAUUGCUAUCAUCGAAAGUGGCUGAAGACAAAACGAUUCAAGGCGGAAUGCUUUCAGCUGGCUUGUCUGCCAAAGAAGUUCUACCAUACCUCGCCCGCGUUGAAGUAGAAUUUGGAUACUCUGGGAUUCUCGUGGGAUGCAUCAACAGCCCUAGCAAUGUUACAAUUACAGGUGAUAUCGAACAAAUAAACUACCUCAAUGAGAUUCUAGAAAAAGAGAGUAUCUUCUCCCGGAAAUUAUUGGUUGAUGUCGCAUAUCACUCCCAUCAUAUGAAUGCUAUAGCUGCGGAAUAUUCGGAGAAAUUGGGUAAUUUGUCUUCACGGAAUUCCGCUAAACUUAUUCCCAUGGUUUCAUCUGUUACCGGCGACGUGGUCAGCAGUGAUCGACUGUGUCAACCAGGCUACUGGGUAGAAAAUAUGGUAUCUCCAGUGAGAUUCCUCGACGCUAUUUCUUGUGCUGCAUCAAUAUGCAUAUCCGAAGAUGGCUCGAUUUCGUACAAUAGUUCAAAGGACUAUUUCGAUGAUGUCCUAGAGAUUGGACCUCAUUCAGCGUUACAAGGACCUAUAAAAGAUGCCCUUAAGAUAUUUGGUAAGACUUCAGCUAUAGGAUACUACUCUAUCCUAAUACGCAAUGUCAAUUCAAACACUUCGAUGUUUGGAGCUCUUGGGAAUCUUUAUUGUCGUGGCCACAGCAUGAGUAUCCAGGCUUUGAACGAGCAGAGCUCCAGUGGACCACGUCUAUUUACUCCGCUAACAAACUUACCGGAAUAUCCUUUUGAUCACUCCAGAUCCUACUGGCGUGAAUCUCGUCUUAGCAGAGGUCACAGAUUUCGCAAAAUUCCUCGGAACGACUUUUUAGGAACGCCAGUACCAGAUUGGAAUCCCCAAGAAGCGAAAUGGAGACGUCGAAUUAAGAUUUCAGAAGACCCUUGGAUUGAAGACCACAAAAUCGCCAACGCAUGCAUUCUUCCUGCGUCUGCUAUGCUGGUCAUGGCAAUAGAGGCAGCAAAAAUAAUGGCCAAGUUAAGGUCCGACAAACACAUUUCAGGAUUCAUUGUCCAAAAUGUCGUCGUAUCCCGAGCUCUUACCAUUCCUUCCGAUCCAGAUGGAACUGAAAUAGAAUUUUACCUUCGGCCAUGCGGCCUCGCCUCUGACCGAGAGAUAACAUGGUCCGAUUUCCGUAUUUAUACUCCUGAGAAUGACAACUGGGUCGAGGUAUGUCGAGGACAAGUCCGAGUAACUCACUUCGAAGUCGGAGAUGAGGUAGAUAAUGGGCUCGAACAUUCUUUAAGUGAUGAACAUUAUAGAACGGAACUCUCGCUUAUUCGCGCCUCCAGCUGCCAAAAAGUAGAUAUGGAACGCUUCUACCCAACACUAAAAGAGAACGGAAUCGACUUUGGAACUGCUCAUCGAACAAUCAAGAAUGGUUCGUACGGUCAAAACAUGGAAUGUGUUGGUGAUAUCACGCUCGAUAGUUGGGUGUCUAAAAGAAGAGAAUUCCAACAAACAGACUUCACUGUUCAUCCGACUUCACUUGACGGGCUCUUCCAAUUAGGUCUCGUGGCUUUGGUAGGAGAGACGUCGAAAAUAAAUCCGAGUGUAAUAGUUGGGCUGCGUAAAUUAUGGGUGGCCGAAGGAAAAAUAAACGUUCCUGGAUCCUCCAUUAUGCCUACGUAUGCAAAGUCUGCUAUGAAUGGUACCACGGGAACACGAGUAGACGCAGUAGCGUUUGACAAGCAAGAAAUGAAUCCCGUCAUUAUCCUUGAUGGGCUCGAAGGUAAAUUCUUGGAGCAAACGGAAAAGUCGACGGAAAAACAAAAUUGCCAUCUUUCCUGGAAUUUUGAUUACAGGCCGGACAUUGAACUACUUUCCAAACAAGAGCUCAUCCAAUAUGUUUCUACGUCCUAUGAUAUUCAGCCUGCUCCUUUCCAACUGGAUCACGAUGUCAAACUAUUGCUAUAUCUUUGUAUUCUGAGAACUUUGGACCAGCUGACAGACUCUGAAGUCGCUGAGCUGAAGCCGCAUCACCAUAAAUUCUUCGAAUGGAUGCAAUACGAACGGAACAAGCUCAAUAAUUCGAAAAUGUGUAACGGUGCAGUGAAUGUUAAGGAAUACAUUAACGACGAUGUGUUUUAUGACAAGCUGUUGAACCGCCUAGAGCAUAGUAACGCGAGAGGGAAGCUCUAUGCCGUUCUCUCGAAGGAUCUUCGCAAUAUCCUCACCGGAAAAGCUGACGCUCUUGAACUCAUGUUCAAGACACCAUUGGUGAAGGACUAUUAUAGGGAGUUGUACAAGUCUACUAAUGGUCUAUCCAAAACCCUUGCUUAUCUUGACAUUCUCACUCACAAGCAUCCAAAUAUGAACAUAUUAGAGAUUGGUGCAGGUACUGGAGGGAUGACGAACUACCUCCUGGAUGUCCUUGCACAAAAUGGUGCUCGUAAUCCUCGUGUCGGCACGCCUCGUUUCACGCACUACACAUACACAGAUAUCUCUGCAGGUUUCUUCGAAGGUGCAGCUCCAUUGUUCGAGAACUUUUCAGACAUGGUAACUUUCAAAGUAUUGGAUAUAGAGAAAGAUCCAGCGCGUCAAGGAUUCGAGACAGGGAGUUACGAUUGCAUUAUUGCGGACAAUGUUCUUCAUGCAACUCAGGACCUUGAUGUUACGUUGAAAAAUGUUAGGAAGUUGCUAAAACCAGGAGGAAAACUUAUGCUUUUCGAGUUAACUGUUCCUGAAGUUGUUCGAACGAAUUUUGCGUUUGGCUUGCUACCUGGAUGGUGGCGGUUUAACGACAAGUAUCGUAGUUUCAGUGCUGGCAUCUCAGAUGGCGUAUGGGAUAGAGUGUUGAAAAAUUCGGGAUUCUCCGGUGUUGACUUUAAUUUCAAAGACUAUGAAGAGGAUGAAUUUCAUGAGCAUAGCGCACUAGUAUCUACAGCUCGUGGGGACAUCUCGAAUACAAUUCCGUUCCUUUCAACGGUGGUUGUUCUCGAUCCUCAAUCUGAUUUGCAGAGAAAGGUUUACAAACUUCUGCGUGAUACACUGCGAUCCGCAGGGACAGAAAACAUACUCUCCUUGACACUCAAGGAAGCCGCUACUUUUCAGGGUAAUAGUGCCUUUGGCAUCGUACUUUUAGAGCUCGAUAAACCUAUGCUUCGGGAAAUGACCGAACCCGAUUUCAAAGACAUCAAAGCAAUGUUCCUUGCCUUUGAGAAUAUUCUCUGGGCUUGCAAAGGAGGGGGAGAAAGACCUGACUUGCCAGAAUACGCACUUGUUCAAGGGGCUUUCCGCGCACUGCGAAUGGAAAACAUUAGACUCAAGUUUAUAUCUCUCUCAUUUGAGGCUUCCUCGACGAACCCUACACACCUCGCAAAUAAGGUUUUUGAGGUCUAUCAAAAAGUAUCCACAACCCCUGUCAAGGACUGUGAGCAAGAAUACGUAGAGCGAAACGGUAUGAUCUGUAUUGAUCGAAUAAUUGAUGCAGAUUACAUGAAUCAGAAGCUUUCUGAUACUACAGAAGAGAAACCACGCAGCGACUAUGAGUUUCGCAGUGCACCUCCUGUAACUCUGAGCAUUAAAACUCCUGGACUCUUAGACACUCUUGAGUUCGUUGAGGAUGGUGCUGCUGGAACGUAUCUGGCAAGCGAUGAGAUCGAAAUCAAAGUUGAAGCCAGUGGUGUCAAUUUCAGAGACUGCCUUAUCGCAUUAGGUCGUAUGCCUAGCAUGAGCUUCGGUUUCGAGUGUUCCGGUACCAUCUCCCGCAUCGGCUCCCAUGCGACUGAAUUGAAAGUGGGCGAUAGGGUAUGCGCAAGCACACUUGGAACUUACCAGACCUAUGCUCGCUGCAAGGCGAGUAAUGUCAUUCCUAUCCCCAGCUCUAUGAGCUUUACAGAAGCAGCUGCGCUUCCUGUGGUCUUCACUACAGCGUACUAUUCACUUAUACAAGUAGCUCAAUUGAGGAAGGGCGAAUCGAUUUUGAUACACUCUGCAGCAGGUGGAACAGGACAAGCUGCUAUUCAAAUAGCGAAACUUUUAGGCGCCGAAAUUUUUGUGACAGUGGGAUCAAAGUCCAAAAAGGAUUUACUUAUUAGGCUGUAUCAAAUACCCGCAGAUCAUAUUUUCUAUAGUCGCAACGCUUCGUUUGUGAAGGGUAUACAACGAAUGACUGGUGAUCACGGCGGUGUUGACGUUGUUUUAAAUUCGCUCAGUGGUGAUCUUCUAGUCGAUACAUGGCAGUGCAUUGCACCUUUCGGGCGAUUCCUUGAAAUCGGCAAGAAAGACAUCCUGGCAAAUGGCAAUCUACCUAUGCUUCCAUUUUCUCGAAAUGCUUCUUUCCAUGCCAUCGAUCUAAACGAGGCUCGAAAAUAUCGGCCUGGUAUUCUCUUGGAUCUUAGAAAUAGUAUAAUCACUUUACUUUUCGAUAACAAAAUCCGUCCACCACAACCUGUCCAUGUUUAUGGGAUUAGUGAGGUUGAGAAAGCCUUCAGAUAUUUACAGAGUGGAAAGAACUCCGGUAAGACAAUCAUUGAGUUCAGAGGACCGGAUAUCAUCAAGGUAAGCUUAAGCGUAUUCGAUUGCAAACGCACCUUUCUGACAAGAUUAGGCUUCACUCAAAAGACCACUUUCGUGGACCUUUCCGGAAAAUGCAACAUAUGUGAUCGCGGGAGGACUUGGUGGAAUCGGACGAAGUACUGCACAAUGGAUGGCUGAUCGUGGAGCUAAGAAUCUGGUCUUGCUCUCGCGGUCAGGUCCUACUUCAGAAGAGGCAUCGCAGUGCAUUUCAAGCUUACAGGUUCAAGGCGUACGAGUUGAGACACCAUUAUGCGAUAUUUCUGAUUUUAAAUCUCUGGAGUCGGUUCUAAAGACUCUUGAUAAAAACAUGCCACCUAUAAAGGGUUGCAUCCAAUCGGCCAUGGUGCUGAGGGUCAGUCUUCAUUUGUGCCCCUUUCCUAGCUACAUUAGAUGCUAACAGAAUUUUAGAGUAGUGUCUUUGAGAAUAUGACCUAUGCGGACUGGUUAGGAGCAAACAAAUGCAAAGUCUCCGGAACCUGGAACUUGCAUACUCUGCUCCCAAAAAGAUUGGACCACUUUAUUGUAUACUCUUCUAUUUCUGGUGCCAUUGGUGGGACAGCGUCAGUCAAUUACAGCGCCGCAUGUGCCUACCAAGAUGCACUCGUUCAUUACCGCAACAAGAUUGGCGAGAAAGCCACCACGUUCAAUCUAGGUGUCAUGGUAGACGAUGGCGUCUUGAGAGAUAACACCGCGGUAAGAACAGCAUUGCUUGGUACUGGAUACCUAGUUGGUAUCAAGCAACAGGAAAUGUUUGCAUUACUUGAACAUCACUGUGAUCCGUCCUUGGAUGUACCAGAGACUCCAUUAAGAUCUCAGAUUAUUGUUGGCAUUGACACUCCCACGUCGAUAAAGGCACGGGGCGCCGAGGUGCCAGACAUGAUGACGCGACCGAUGUUCAAAGGAACAUGGAAUAUCAAUGAACAAGGAAAGACAGAUGCCAAAGAAGGUGUAGCCACUGACGUGACCAGCCAACUACAUGGUAUAGCUUCAGAGACAGAAGCGGCCAACAUUGUUGCCAAUGCACUGAUGCAGAGGUUAAGCAAUGCCCUGGCUGUCCCUAUGGAGAAUUUAGAUUCCUCUCGACCUAUGCACAUAUACGGAGUCGACUCGCUAAUUGCUGUUGAGUUGAGAAAUUGGUUUAACCAGAAGCUUGACGCCGAUGUUGCGGUGUUCGAGAUAUUAGGAGAGGUGUCAUUCCGGGACAUCGGGGUCUUGGUUGCUGGUAAAAGUAAACUAGUAGAGGAAAUUUUGAAGAAGGCUGUAAGGCAUGAGUGAUUCCGUGUUAUGGCAAGAGCAAUUGGAGACAG